AUGAUUAGGGCUGUAAUGGUGAUCAACACUCUGGGCAAGCCUCGUCUUUCAAGAUUCUACGAUUUUCAGCCAGUGGAGAAGCAACAUCAACUCAUGCGCCAUGUCUAUGCAGGCAAGCCUGAUAAUGUCAGCAACUUUUUGGAGAUCCAAUCUGGUUUUGGUCCGGAUACCCGGAUAGUGUACAAGCAUUAUGCAACUUUAUACUUCGUGAUUGUGUAUGAUAGCUCAGAAAACGAGCUGGCUAUGCUUGACCUGAUCCAAGUUUUUGUACAAACAUUGGACAAAUGCUUCAGAAAUGUGUGCGAGCUGGAUAUACUAUUCAAUUAUAAUAAGAUGCAAAUCAUCUUGGAUGCGAUUAUUUUUGGAGGGCAAGUCCUGGAAACGGAUAUCCAGGAAGUAAUGGCUAUUGCUGAAGAAAUUUCCAAGUUGGAAACAUCACCGGGCGGGAGUACACUGGUUGCUACAUCUUUUGUAGGUUGGCGGGGUCGAUAA